UACUUAAAAUAAUUAUUGAUUCUCUAUCCAAAUAUUUGAACUAAAGUAAUUUAUAUGUUACCUUUAGGUAUUCUGACAUAUGUUAUUCAAAUUUAUAUUUAAUAUAUUAUUUUGUUUUUACUUUUUGAUAAAUUUAAAGUAUAUAAAUAUAUAAUGAGUUUUAAAAUUUUAAAAGUAAUUUAAAAUUAUAUCUGAAGUUGAACCGAACCCGCAAAAAUCCUAAAUGAACCCAAACAGAAAUUUAGAAAUAUUAGAAUGAGGCUGAAAUCUUUGACCCCGGAAACCCGAAACUCAAACAGACCUGAACCGAACCCGAUUAUGUACCAGAUAGAAAAUUUCUCACAAUAUAAUGGACUUCCAAAUUUUCUUAAAAGUAUAAGCCCAUUACUUUUUUUCUUCUUAAUAUAGUGCUAUCCAUGUUUCCAAACAAACCUAUUUUUUUAAACUACAAUCUAUGUUUCCAAUCAAACCUCAUUUUUAAAACUGCAAUCCAUGUUUCCAAACAAACUUUUUUUUAAACUACAAUCUAUCUUUCCAAACAAACUUUUUUAAAAAAAUUGCUAUACAUGUUUCCAAACAAACCUAAUUUGUACUUGAGUUUUAAUAAGAUAGAUGCGUUUCCCCUUUUCUUAUAAAUACUCUUGUACAGGGCCGGCUUACAAGGGGACAAGCGGUACGACCGCCCUGGGUCCGAGCCCGUGUCCCCCCAUGUAAUGAUAAAUGAGGGGUUCAAUUUUUAAUAAAUCUAUAUUUUAUAUAUAUAAAGAAUUAUAAAUACAAUAAAUAAAAUUGAAAAGAGUCCAAAAUUAUUUGAUAUGUAUAUAGUUUUAUUUUCAUUACAAAAUAUACAAAAUAUUAUUGAUUAAAUUUUAAAAAUAUUUUAAACAUUAUCUCUAUAUAAAUUUUAAAGAGUAAAAAUUUUUUUUUUUCCCUAGGGCCCUUAGCAGUGUUGAGCCGGCCCUGCUCUUGUAUGGUAUCGUAUAAAGCCUUAUUGUGAAGUAAAAGUUGAAUAGCGUUCCUACAAAGUUUGCCAUCCCAAACCAUGUAAAGUUAUAUUUUAUGCAAUACGGUUUUGUUUACUUCCGGUUCAUAAGGAAACUGUGUAACAGUGCUUCAUUUUGAAAUGAAAUCUUCUCUAAUAGUAAAUUCGUUUACAUCUCUGAAAUGAAAAAAAAAACGAACAGUAUUCCUACAAAUUUGGCCAUGCCAAAACCCUAUCGGAAAGCUGUUAGGCUUGAUAAGGGUAUUAUCGGAAUAUUCAAAUCUCAACCGGUAUAUAUAUAAAAGACGCACCCACACUUCGUGUCCAAGACAGAACACCACAUCCGUGUCUGAAACGCAUCAGACUCCAAAAACGCUAUGGAGCAAAGUGAACUCGGCGAUUCGCAUUCCUGCGGAGGAUGUAGCCGGAACGAUGAGAUUAUUUCUGUCGAAGCUCCGGCGCGGUUGGAUACAUUGCCUGAAGAUUGCAUCUCGAUGGUGGUUUCUUAUACAUCGCCGCGAGAUGCUUGCGUUGUGGCUUCGGUUUCGAAAACGGUUAAGUCAGCGGCUGAAUCGGAUUUGGUUUGGGAGAAGUUUCUUCCUCAGGACUACUCAUCUCUUGUUCCACGAUCGGUGGAUUUCUUGUGUAAGAAGGAGAUUUAUAUGUCUCUUGCUAAUGAUUCCGUUCUGAUCGACGACGGCAAAAAGAGCAUUUGGUUGGAGAAAGGUAGUGGGAAGAAGUGUUACAUGUUAUCUGCGAUGGAUUUAAAUAUCAUUUGGAUUGAUCGUCCUCUUUAUUGGAAAUGGAAUACCGAUCCUGAAUCUAAGUUUGAGAAAGUAGCGGAGCUUCGUCACGUGUGUUGUUUCAGGAUUCGGGGCAAGAUAAGUUGUGGAAUGUUGUCCAAAGGGACACACUACUUGGUCUACUUAGUGUUCAAGAGAACAAGCGGUGGAUCAGUCGGUUUCGAAGAGACGCCCAUGGAAGCUCAAGUCGGGUUUGUGGGGAAAGAAUCUAGCAAAUCGUUUGUGUUACUCGAACCAAGCCGCCGUGGUUAUCGUUACUCGUGUGUUUGGCGCAGACCGGUGUAUAGAGAGUUCAGGACGGGACGUCCAAGGGAAGGAGUUAGAGGAGAGAGGGAGACUGAUGGGCAUGUGGAGGAGCCCAAGGAGAGAGGAGAUGGGUGGAGUGAAGUGAAGCUUGGGAACUUUUACAUUAGCGAUGGUGGUUGUGAUGAUGAUGGUGAUGAGAUUGAGUUUGCUAUUAUGGAGCCUCGGAAUAGUGAAGUGGGACAAAGGAAAAGUGGUUUGAUUUUCCAGGGAAUUGAGAUAAGGCCCAUGAAAGAAAGAGAAGAAAUGGUCAUUGCCAAAUCAUCAAAUUCUGACAAUAUCUGAUUUGAAGGAUCAACAGAGUUUAAAGCUGUUGUAUUGGCUGCUUCAUGUCUAAUUGUGUAGUUGUUGCUAUGCAAAACAAGAAGUUGAGGACUCUCACUCUCUCUCUAUUUUGUACCAAUUUUUGAAUGACAAUAACUUUGUGGUUAUUUGCUUCACUUGAACAAUGAAAAAUGAAAAACCUUUUUGUAUCGUAAUGUUUUCAAACCUUUUUCUCUGUGA